GUUGGUGAACCCAUUAGAACCUGCAGUUAGUGAGAAAAUUACGUAGUUCCUUGCAGGAAACUUAUUGGAAAUUAUGAGGAAAUUAUUUGGAAAUCACAGACCUGGAAAAUACGGCGUUCCAGGUAUUGUCAACAAAAGGUUUAACUGCCAAAGGCUGAAGUCUAUCCACAUAUCUCAGUCCAAGGUCCAGAACACUGGAUUGGAUCCAGUCGGUCCCAAGUGAGAGUCUUGAACAGUCGAGAACACAUGGACUGAAGUAGGGCUGCAACAGUUUGUCAAUUAAUUGAUUAGUCGAUCGACAGAACAUACUCAAAUAAUCAUUUGUCAUUUGUGUAAUCAAAAAUGCCAAACAUCUGCUGGUUGAAGCUUCUUAAAGAUCUGUAACUACCAGGGUCCGGCCCGGGUGGUGGUCCAGCUUGUGACGGCAAUGACCUCUGUUCCUCAGCUUCACGCUCACAGUCUGGUGGGAAAACAGUGCGACAAAGGGAUCUGCAUCGCCGACCUGCAGCCCAAAGACUGCAGCAUCAGUUUCCCUAACCUGGGGAUCCUCCACGUGACGAAGAAGAACGUGGCGAAGACUCUGGAGGAGAGGAUGAUCGAGGCCUUCAGGAUGGGAUACAACUGUGGAGUCUGCAUCCACCCCGAGAUUGACGGCCUGCAGGGGGAGGUCCGAGUCCCCCGAGACCUCCACGACCACCAGCGCAGCGUGAUCAACAGUGCAGCGUCUCUUCAGGCUAAAGAAAUGGACCUCAGUGUGGUUCGGCUCAUGUUCACGGCGUUCCUCCCCGACAGUGAUGGAGGUUUCUCCAGACGACUCGAACCCGUCGUGUCUGAACCGAUCUACGACAGCAAGGCUCCAAACGCCUCCAACCUGAAGAUCGUGAGGAUGGAUCGAACCGCCGGCUGUGUGACCGGAGGAGAGGAGGUCUACCUGCUCUGUGACAAAGUCCAGAAAGAUGAUAUCCAGGUUCGGUUCUAUGAAGAAGACGACUCCGGGUUGACCUGGGAGGCUCUGGGAGAUUUCUCACCGACAGACGUCCACAGGCAGUUCGCCAUCGUCUUCAAGACUCCGAAGUAUCGAGACCAGAACCUGCAGAAGCCGACGUCGGUGUUCGUCCAGCUGAAGAGGAAGUCUGACAACGAGACCAGCGAGCCCAAACCCUUCACCUACCACCCUCAGAUCAUAGACAAGGAGGAGGUGCAGAGGAAGAGGCAGAAGACGUUGCCGAACUUCCAGGACUUCAGCGGUCACGGAGGGGGCGGAGGAGGAGGUCUGUACCGAGGAGGAGGUCCAGCGGCAGGAGGCGGCCCUGGCUCUGCAGGAGGUUACUUCCAGGGAUUCACCACCUAUAACUAUGGAGGAGGAGGAGGAGGAUUCUCCACAGGUUACUCAGCUGGUCUGGGAGUAGGAGGAGGAGGAGGCAUCAAACACGCCUCUCAGGGCGACGCGGCGGACGACGGCGGUGACGACAGCGAUCCAGGCGACGACUCGGGGUCGGGGGCCGCGCUGCGAGCUGCAGCACGGACGAGAGGCACGGGGGUCGUGGAGAGGACCGAGGAUGGAGGGGUCAGUGUGGAGCCAGAACCAGAAAGAGUGUGCGAUGCAGGCGAGCGGUGGGUUCAGGUGACCAGCAGACAGCUGGAGGCUCUCUUUCAGUACUCUGUAACAGGUGAUUCAGCGUACCUGCUGGCUCCGCAGCGCCCCCUGAUGACUCACAGGAUGAAGACGGAGACACUGGGCUCCACCUGGCGGUUCUCCACAGCCAGCGAGGCGCUGAAGAGUCUGACUCAGGUUGUUUCUGCUCUGCCUGGAGAAGAAGUGCUGAACAUGAGGAAUCACCUCUACCAGACUCCUUUGCACCUGGCUGUGAUCACCCAGCAGAAGGAGGCGGUGGAGGCCCUGCUAUUGGCCGGAGCCGACGCGACUCUGACUGAUCGUCAUGGCAACACGGCGCUCCACCUGGCGUCCCAGCAGGAAGGAGGCGGGAUGGUCCAGUUUCUACUGCAACACAGAGAACUGAGAGGACUGCUGGACCACGCCAACACAGCAGGUCUGUGCGCAAUCCACCUGGCGGUCCUGUCCAAUCAACUGUCUGCUCUCAGGGAGCUGCUGGAGGGCGGGGCCAACGUGGAGGCUCAGGAGCGCAGCUGCGGACGGACCGCCCUCCACCUCGCCACAGAGGCCGACAACGUGUCGCUGGCCGGCUGCCUGCUGCUGGAGGGAAACGCCAAGGUGGACUGCUGCACCUUUAACGGCUCCACCCCCCUCCACAUCGCCGCUGGGAGGGGCUCCGUCAAGCUCACGGCCCUCCUGAUGGCUGCAGGUGCAGACCCUCACAGGGAGAACUUUGAGCCGCUGUUCUUCGGAGAGGAGGAGUGCUGCGACAAAGAGAGGGAAGACGAGGACGAAGAUGAGGGCUACAUCCCAGGAACAACUCCGCUCAACAUGGCCACCUCCACGCAGGUGCUGGAGCUUCUGAACGGUAAAGAGUACAAACCACAGUCUCGUCACAGAGCCCUCAGCCCUCCGCAAGGCGACCUUGCGAGCCUGGACGUGGAGGUGAAGCAGGAGGUGUGUCGUGCUCUGGAGAGUGAAGGAUGCUGGGAGAAUCUGGCUCACAGUCUGGGUCUCGGGAUCCUCAACACGGCCUUCAGACUGAGCGCCUCCCCCGCCAAAACACUGCUGGAGAGCUACGAGGUUUCAGGUGGGACGGUCAGCGAUCUGUUGGUUGGUCUGAGGUCAGUGGGAGAGUGCAGAGCUCUGAGCGUCCUGGAGGAGGCGCUGCGUUGCCCCGACUCCAGGGAAACGCCGACGACCAACGAGACGACCGGUGAGUCUCUGUGCGCUCAGGUUCGGGAUCUGAAGUGGACGUUCGGAUCGACAGCGGGGUUUGUGACAGUGGGGUGGAGCUUUCCACAGCGUAACGACCUGAUCGGUCCGUCUCCAGCUGGCUUCAUCAGAGGAAGCACAGUUCAUCCAUCCAUCAUCCAUCCAUCCAUCAGGGCUAAAAGUUUCUCAUCGUUAAACUUUUAAUGAGUUUUUAGUUAAAGGGGAUCUGUUAUGCUCAUUUCCAGCUCCAUGUUGUUAAUCCGGGACUCCAGCAGAGUAGCUUUGCAUGAUUCGCAGUUUAAAAAAAGUUCUCGUUGAUCUCAAACUGCCCGUUUUUCAGCCCCUCAGUAGAGCCUCUGACUGAACGAGGCAAGAUGAGCUCAGGCCUCCUUAAAAGCCAACUCUCUUCUGAUUGGCCAGAAGCCAGCACCCAGCGCUUGUGAGCACCGCCUCAUCCUCUUACCGGUGUGGAGGUUCUGAAAGCAAACCGUAAAACUACUGAGUAACAGAACAUAAUUGGUUGGAAAUGGAAACUUCUCAGAUCUGAAUCCGUGCACGUUGGAGCCCGAAUCCGAUCCGGAAUAUGAGAGUGGACGGCGCGAACAUCUGCAGCGACAAAGAUUAGAGCAGGACGUCUCUGCUCGGUAAAUAUUAGGCCCAUUACCUGCUUAUUGUGACAUAACGGUGGAUUUAGUCUUUCAGUCGCCAUCCGUAAAGAAACGUUUGUCUAUAUAUGCUCCUGUUAAUAGUUGUACACGUCGGAAAGUUGAAAACUUCUGUCAGGAAAAACAAAAGCUAACGUAAUCUGAGUGCUGGAGUUCAUUAACUGCCUUUAAUACUACUCAGGUAGAUUGUUCCGGGAGAACGAGCCGUGCUACGAGCGGAUGAACGUGUAAAGAAAUCCGUGACGUCGGCUCUUCUCGGAUUUCUUUAUUCGGUGAUCCGUAGAAAGAACCGUUGGAAACGUAGCGAUCGGAGCAGUCUGGCGCCCGAGCUUCUGUCUCACAGGGAGUUACUUUUACGUACGUUUACCUCAUUAUUUUAAACUUCAGCCACGUUUAAUAUGGACACCCGACACUGUAACAUUACAUAUAGGCCAGAAAAUAAGGAAAAGCAUAACGGGUCCCCUUUGAAUGCGUCUAACAGUGUGUAACUGAUGAAACGGAAAACGUAUUUGUGAAGCGUGACAACAAAAAGUUACAACCUAAGAUGUCAACAGCUGAUUCCUGUUUUAUAGAAAGAAAAGAAAACAUGACUGUCGUUACUGGUGUUUUUCAGCACACACUACACUCCAACCGUCCAACCGAAGAAUGUAAGUCUGGUUUUGAGUUCGCUGUUGGUUUAAAGGAAUAAUUCACCAGAAAGUCAAACCUUCGACUCCCGUCCUGUCACUGGUGAAGUAAACCUGAAUUUACAGACAUCUCACGGUAGAAAAAGUUGACUUUACUGCCUUUUGACCCUCAUUCUGAAUCACGCUCUGCUGCCUGGUGGGUUUUGGGAUUUCCAGGCGAUGUGGUCCUGAGGACGCGUUCAGCAGUGGAGUAUUGUUUCUGUACAGACACCUGAUGACCGGCAGGUUGUUGUUUUUUGUUUUUGUUUUUUCUGCAGCAGACGUCCAGUGUCUGUAGGGGGAACGGUGCUAUUGAUACUGAAAUGAUUGUAAAGAGGCUAAUUUGCCCUAAAGGAUCAGUCCAGAUUCUUUCUAAUGUUUUAGAAUAAAUCUCACAUUAAUUAUAUUGAAAACAUCUGAAACUCUCCUUUAAGUGUGCAUGUUAAAUGCUUUUUUCAAAAACCUAUUUAGUGUUUUCUUUUUUAUUUUAAGAGCCAUUUCUUUUCUGCUCCUGUGUCUCACCACUGAAAACUUUAAGAAAACUGCAAAACAGUUUUAAAAACCAAAAGCUGCAUCAAAAACAUGAACUUAAUGGACUAGUUUUUUAAAAAUUGGUUUUCCUCUAUAACAGAUCAGUCUCCUCAACUGACUCAGGCUGGAAGCAAGUGAAACUGUUAGCCUGGCCUCAUCAAAAGAGCAAUAUUACAUAAUCCAAGGCAUUGUGGGAAAGGUAGUCCAGGGCUGUGGAGUUUUUGUGUUUUCUUGGUGUGAAUCCAAAGCUUGUUUCUCACCCGACAGAUGAUAUUUAUAUCUUCGCCCAGCACUGUACAGUUCAACAUGAGCUUUUAAUUGGUUGUUAUUUUUUAAAUAAAUUUUUUUUAAAAUAUA